GUGGCAUGGGGGAGCCGCAGCGGGCGCCGCGCGCAAGACCGUCCCGAGCGAGCCCGGGCGCCGCCGCAGGCGCAGGAUCCCGAGGAGGACACCUCGGGGCGUGACGCGGCACAGAGGGCGUGGCCUGGGCUGCUGCGCCUGGCGACCCGGCGGGGACCCGGGUUCGCGUGCCGGGGGCGCACCUGGCGGCGGCUCGACCGGGCCGGACCGCGCGCUCCGGGGCCCGCGGCGGCGGCCGGAGGAUGGCGCAGCAGCCGCUCCCCGCGGCGGCGGAGACUCGGAAGUUCACCCGGGCGCUGAGCAAGCCCGGCACGGCGGCGGAGCUGCGGCAGAGCGUGUCGGAGGUGGUGCGCGGCUCGGUGCUCCUGGCAAAGCCGAAGCUGAUCGAGCCACUUGACUACGAAAAUGUCCUCGUGCAGAGGAAGACCCAGAUCCUGAAUGACUGUCUGCGGGAGAUGCUUCUCUUCCCUUAUGAUGACUUCCAGACGGCCAUCCUGAGGCGGCAGGGGAGGUACACGCGCUCCACGGUCCCCGUGAAUGCAGAGGAAGACGCUCAGAGCUUGUUUGUCACUGAGUGCAUCAAAACCUACAACUCUGACUGGCAUCUUGUGACGUACAAAUAUGAAGAUUACUCAGGAGAGUUUCGGCAGCUUCCAAGCAAAGUGGCCAAAUUGGAUAAACUCCCAGUUCACGUCUACGAAGUUGACGAGGAGGCGGACAAAGAUGAGGAUGCUGCUUCCCUUGGGUCUCAGAAGGGUGGGAUUACCAAGCAUGGCUGGCUAUACAAAGGCAACAUGAACAGUGCCAUCAGCGUGACCAUGAGGUCAUUCAAGAGGCGUUUUUUCCACCUGAUCCAACUCGGUGAUGGGUCCUAUAAUCUAAAUUUUUAUAAAGACGAAAAGGUCUCCAAGGAACCCAAAGGGUCCAUUUUCCUGGAUUCCUGCAUGGGUGUGAUUCAGAACAACAGAGUCAGGCGCUUUGCUUUUGAGCUCAAGAUGCAGGACAAAAGCAGCUACCUUCUGGCAGCAGACAGUGAGGCGGAGAUGGAGGACUGGGUUGCAGUUCUCAACAAGAUCCUUCAGCUCAACUUCGAAGCUGCCAUGCAAGAAAAGAGAAAUGGGGACUCUCAUGAAGAUGAUGAACAAAGCAAACUGGAAGGUUCCGGUUCUGGUUUGGAUAGCUACCUGCCUGAACUUGCCAAGAGCAGCAGAGAAGCAGAAAUCAAGCUGAAAAGCGAGGGCAGAGUGAAGCUUUUCUACUUGGACCCAGAUGCCCAGAAACUUGACUUCUCAUCCACCGAGCCAGAAGUGAAGCCAUUUGAAGAAAAGUUUGGGAAAAGGAUCCUGGUCAAGUGCAAUGAUUUGUCUUUCAAUCUGCAAUGCUGCGUCGCUGAAAAUGAGGAAGGACCCACCACAAAUGUCGAGCCUUUCUUCGUCACCCUGUCCCUGUUUGACAUAAAAUACAACCGGAAGAUUUCUGCUGACUUCCACGUGGACCUGAACCACUUCUCAGUGCGGCAGAUGCUGGCUCCCACAUUCCCAACCCUGAUGAACGGCGGCCAGAGCCCACCUGCCUUCCAGGAUGCCUUCCAUGCUGCCAUGCAGUACCCAAAGCAGGGGAUAUUUUCAGUCACGUGUCCUCAUCCGGAUAUAUUCCUUGUGGCCAGAAUUGAGAAGGUCCUCCAAGGGAGCAUCACACACUGUGCUGAGCCGUACAUGAAAAGUUCAGACUCCUCUAAGGUUGCUCAGAAGGUGCUGAAGAACGCCAAACAAGCAUGCCAAAGAUUGGGACAGUACAGAAUGCCAUUUGCUUGGGCAGCAAGGACGCUGUUCAAGGAUACAUCUGGAAACCUGGACAAAAAUGGCAGAUUUUCUGCCGUUUAUCGGCAAGACAGCAACAAGCUUUCAAACGACGACAUGCUCAAGCUACUGGCAGACUUCCGGAAGCCUGAGAAAAUGGCCAAACUCCCAGUGAUUUUAGGCAAUCUAGACAUUACAAUUGAUAAUGUCUCCUCCGACUUCCCUAAUUAUCUGAAUUCAUCAUACAUUCCCAUGAGGCAGUUUGAACCCUGCAGUAAAUCUCCGGUCACUUUUGAAGUGGAGGAGUUUGUGCCCUGCAUACCCAGACACACCCAGCCUUACACCGUCUACAGCAAUCACCUUUAUGUUUACCCAAAGUACUUGAAAUACGACAGUCAGAAGUCCUUCGCUAAGGCCAGAAAUAUUGCUAUUUGCAUUGAGUUCAAAGAUUCCGAUGAAGAAGAUUCUCAGCCCCUGAAGUGCAUUUAUGGCAGACCCGGUGGUCCGUUGUUCACGAGAAGUGCCCUGGCUGCGGUUCUACACCACCAGCAAAACCCAGAGUUCUACGAUGAGAUCAAGAUAGAAUUGCCAACCCAGCUGCAUGAAAAGCACCACCUGCUCUUCACAUUCUUCCACGUCAGCUGCGAUAGCUCCACCAAAGGGAGCACAAAGAAGGACCCUGUUGAGACACAAGUCGGCUACUCCUGGCUUCCCCUCCUGAAAGAUGGAAGGGUGGUGACAAAUGAACGGCACAUCCCUGUCUCGGCUAAUCUUCCGUCUGGCUACCUUGGCUACCAGGAGCUCAGCAUGGGCCGGCAUUAUGGUCCAGAAAUUAAGUGGGUGGAAGGAGGCAAGCCUCUGUUGAAAGUUUCCACUCAUCUGGUGUCCACGGUAAACACUCAGGAUCAGCAUUUACAUAAUUUUUUCCAGUACUGUCAGAAAACGGAAUCUGGAGCCCAGGCCUCAGGGAAUGAACUCGUAAAAUACCUUAAGAGUCUACAUGCCAUGGAAGGUCAUGUGAUGAUCGCCUUCCUGCCCACCAUCCUAAACCAGCUGUUCCGAGUCCUCACCAGAGCCACCCAGGAGGAGGUUGCAGUUAACGUGACUCGGGUCAUUAUUCAUGUGGUUGCCCAGUGCCAUGAGGAAGGAUUGGAGAGCCACUUGAGGUCAUAUGUUAAGUUUGCCUAUAAGGCUGAACCAUAUAUUGCGUCUGAAUAUAAGACGGUGCACGAGGAACUGACCAAGUCCAUGACCACCAUUCUGAAGCCUUCUGCUGAUUUCCUUACUAGCAACAAACUUCUGAAGUACUCUUGGUUUUUCUUUGAUGUGCUGAUAAAAUCCAUGGCUCAGCAUUUGAUAGAAAACAACAAAGUGAAGCUACUACGAAACCAGAGGUUUCCAGCCUCCUACCAUCAUGCAGUGGAAACUGUGGUGAACAUGCUGAUGCCACAUAUCACACAGAAGUUUCGAGAUAACCCGGAGGCAUCUAAGAAUGCAAACCACAGCCUUGCCGUGUUCAUCAAGAGAUGCUUCACCUUCAUGGACAGAGGCUUCGUCUUCAAGCAGAUCAACAACUACAUCAGCUGCUUUGCUCCUGGAGACCCCAAGACUCUCUUUGAGUACAAGUUUGAGUUUCUCCGAGUGGUGUGCAACCAUGAACACUACAUUCCUUUGAACUUGCCUAUGCCGUUUGGAAAGGGCAGGAUUCAGAGAUACCAAGAUCUUCAGCUUGACUACUCCUUAACAGAUGAGUUCUGCAGAAACCACUUCUUGGUGGGAUUGUUACUAAGGGAGGUGGGCACCGCCCUCCAGGAAUUCCGAGAGGUCCGCGUCAUUGCCAUCAGCAUGCUCAAGAACCUGCUGAUAAAGCAUUCUUUUGAUGACAGAUACACUUCCAGGAGUCAUCAGGCAAGGAUAGCCACUCUCUACCUGCCUCUCUUUGGUCUGCUCAUCGAAAACGUCCAACGCAUCAAUGUGAAGGAUGUUUCACCCUUCCCUGUGAACCCGGGCAGUGUUGUGAAGGACGAGCCCCUUGCUGUGCCAGCCGGGAAUCCGCUCAUGACUCCGCAGAAGGGAAACACACUCGACCACAGCCUGCACAAAGACCUCUUGGGCGCCAUCUCUGGCAUUGCGUCUCCAUAUACAGCCUCAACCCCCAACAUCAACAGCGUGAGAAAUGCCGACUCAAGAGGUUCUCUCAUCAGCACCGACUCGGGGAACAGCCUCCCGGAAAGGAACGAGAAGAGCAACUCCCUGGAAAAGCAUCAGCAGAGUGGCACGCCGGGAAAUUCUGUGGUUCGCUGUGACAAGCUGGACCAGUCGGAGAUUAAGAGCCUGCUGAUGUGUUUCCUCUACGUGCUGAAAAGCAUGUCCGACGAUGCGCUGUUUACCUACUGGAACAAGGCUUCAACCGCCGAACUGAUGGAUUUCUUUACACUAUCUGAAGUCUCCCUGCACCAGUUCCAGUACAUGGGGAAGCGCUACAUAGCCAGAACAGGAGUGAUGCAUGCCAGAUUGCAGCAGCUGGGCAGCCUGGAUAACUCUGUCAGUUUUAACCACAGCUACGGCCACUCGGAGGCGGAUGUCCUUCACCAGUCACUUCUGGAAGCCAACAUUGCUACGGAGGUUUGCCUUACCACUCUGGACACCCUGUCUCUGUUCACACUGGCGUUUAAGAACCAGCUCUUGGCUGACCACGGUCAUAACCCUCUCAUGAAGAAAGUUUUUGAUGUCUACCUGUGUUUUCUUCAAAAACACCAGUCGGAAAUGGCUUUGAAAAACGUCUUUACUGCCUUAAGGUCACUAAUUUAUAAGUUUCCCUCAACGUUCUACGAAGGGCGAGCAGACAUGUGUGCCUCUCUGUGCUAUGAGGUGCUCAAAUGCUGUAACUCCAAACUCGGCUCUAUCCGGACCGAUGCUUCCCAGCUGCUCUAUUUCCUGAUGAGGAACAACUUUGACUACACGGGGAAGAAGUCCUUCGUCCGGACACACUUACAGGUCAUCAUUUCCGUCAGCCAGCUGAUUGCAGACGUGGUUGGCAUUGGAGGAACCCGGUUCCAGCAGUCCUUGUCCAUCAUCAACAACUGUGCCAACAGCGACCGGCUCAUCAAGCACACCAGCUUCUCCUCUGAUGUCAAAGACCUGACCAAGAGGAUCCGUACCGUCCUGAUGGCCACGGCCCAGAUGAAGGAGCACGCGAAUGACCCAGAGAUGCUGGUGGACCUCCAGUACAGCCUGGCGAAGUCCUACGCCAGCACCCCCGAGCUCAGGAAGACAUGGCUGGACAGCAUGGCCAGGAUCCAUGUUAAAAACGGGGAUCUCUCAGAGGCGGCCAUGUGCUACGUCCACGUCACAGCCUUGGUGGCCGAGUAUCUCACGCGAAAAGAAGCUGACCUAGCCCUCCAGAGGGAGCCAGCUGUCUUCCCCUACAGCCGUAACACCUGCCAGAGGAAGAGCCAGGGAGGCAUGUUCAGACAGGGAUGCACAGCCUUCCGGGUCAUCACACCAAACAUCGAUGAAGAGGCUUCCAUGAUGGAAGACGUUGGGAUGCAGGACGUGCAUUUCAAUGAGGAGGUAUUGAUGGAGCUGCUGGAGCAGUGUGCCGACGGACUUUGGAAGGCCGAGCGCUACGAGCUGAUCGCUGACAUCUAUAAGCUCAUCAUCCCCAUUUAUGAAAAGCGGAGGGAUUUCGAGAGACUGGCCCAUCUGUAUGACACGCUGCACCGGGCCUACAGCAAAGUGACGGAGGUCAUGCACUCGGGCCGCAGGCUCCUGGGGACCUACUUCCGGGUGGCCUUCUUUGGACAGGCAGCGCAAUACCAGUUUACAGACGGUGAAACAGAUGUGGAGGGUUUCUUCGAAGAUGAGGACGGGAAGGAGUACAUCUACAAAGAACCCAAACUCACUCCUCUGUCGGAAAUUUCCCAGAGACUCCUCAAACUUUACUCGGAUAAAUUUGGUUCUGAAAAUGUCAAAAUGAUACAGGAUUCUGGCAAGGUUAACCCGAAGGACCUGGAUUCCAAGUUCGCUUACAUCCAGGUGACCCACGUGACCCCGUUCUUUGAUGAAAAGGAGUUACAAGAGAGGAAAACGGAGUUUGAGAGAUGUCACAACAUCCGGCGUUUCAUGUUUGAGAUGCCCUUCACCCAGACUGGAAAGAGGCAGGGCGGGGUGGAGGAACAGUGUAAGCGGCGCACCAUCCUGACAGCCAUACAGUGCUUCCCCUAUGUGAAGAAACGGAUCCCCGUCAUGUACCAGCACCACACCGACCUGAACCCCAUCGAGGUGGCCAUCGACGAAAUGAGCAAGAAGGUGGCGGAGCUCCGGCAGCUGUGCUCCUCGGCCGAAGUGGACAUGAUCAAGCUGCAGCUCAAGCUCCAGGGCAGCGUGAGCGUCCAGGUCAACGCUGGUCCACUAGCAUAUGCCCGGGCCUUCCUCGAUGACAGCAACACAAAAAGAUACCCUGACAAUAAGGUGAAGCUGCUGAAGGAAGUCUUCAGGCAAUUCGUGGAAGCUUGUGGUCAAGCCCUCGCAGUAAACGAGCGCCUGAUUAAAGAAGAUCAGCUGGAGUACCAGGAAGAGAUGAAGGCCAGCUACAGGGAAAUGGCCAAGGAGCUCUCAGGCAUCAUGCGUGAGCAGAUUUGCCCCCUGGAGGAGAAGACCAGCGUCCUGCCGAACUCCCUGCACAUCUUCAACGCCAUCAGCGGAACGCCCACAAGCACAGUGGUUCAAGGGUUGACCAGCUCGUCCUCGGUUGUGUGAUUGUUUUUCUUUUUUUUUUUUUUACCUCAUGAACCACGUGUAGGGACAUGCCUUGUCAUGUGCAAACUCAGGAUGACUUCCAGAGCUGACCACCGGUGUGACCGAGCACAGGAAGAAGCCAUGGGAAACCGGAGUGAGAGGGAGUCUGGACUGUGAUAUUUAGUAGCAGAUUUUAUAGGAGUGGGGGGGAGGAGGUGCACAUAUUUUUUUAAAACCUCACUGGCAAUAUUUAGUUUUCCUCUCGUCUUAACGGAAGUAUAUGGACACUCUUGAGCUGCAGUUCUGUUUUAUUCUUUUUACAAUGUAGUAUUAACUGGGCGUAAAGGAAAAAAGGAGACGUGCCGUGGGACUUUCGCAGCGGAUGCAGCAGCACUGAGACUUUUGGGGGGGGGGCUAAGCUGGAAAAAUCUUGAAAAUAUUUUUAUUUCCCCCUGUGGCACAUUCAGGUUGAGUACAAGAACUAUUUUUUUGUCUAGAUUUUGAUGACGGAAGGGAAUCGACUGUUUUGUACUAGUGAACAAGGAGACGUAGAGCCUUUAUACCCAUGCCUUGUGUUGAAAUCGCGAGCGCUUACGAAGCUGUGUGUGAGCCUAAGCCUGGCCGGGAAGCAUAGAACCAAAGGCCUGUACUAACAAACGCACGCCGCUAAGACCUAAAACCCCGUGUACAGAGCAACGGCCUCCUUGCUCUGUUCACAUACCUAUUACAUGUCUACAUUUCUAAUACGCCCUCUUCCACAUUGUUCAUUCUGCGAACCAUUUGGGCUGUUCCCGGUAUAGGCAAACACAUUGGAUUUUACUGUUUUAUUCUUGUACAUAAGAAGUGCAAUAUGGAGAUGUACACAAUCUUUGCUAUAUUAGGUUUAUAAACUUGUUAAAGAAAAUUUUCAUCCUUUUGCCAAAGUGGUGGAGUAUGUGAUUGGUAAACCCUAAAUCCUGUGGUGAGUUGGGGGAUAAUUUAAAAUUUUCACCAUGUUAUAUUUUCUUUUAAGACUUUAAUUUAGUAAUUUUAUAUUUGGAAAAAAAUAAAGGUUUUUAAUUUAACUGGAA